AUGCAAGAACUACCGAGGAAUAUCUGUGAUGAGGUUAACGUGCAAGGUCUCAUGCGAGUCAUGCGAACGGACCGGCUUAUCAAACAUAACAAAGAAACCACCCGUGAUGAACAAGCAGGCUUUCGUCCUGGCCGAUCUAUGAUUGAGCACGUGUUUAUUGCUAGGAGGAUGAUCGAAAUGUGCCAGCGGCACUCGAAGCCCGUGUAG